UGGAGCCAGUUAGGAAGGGAAGUUGGCUGUUACGGAAGCGGCCUCGGUGUGUGAGCGCUGUCUUAGCCGCCUCUAUGGCUCCCUUCGGCGGUGUGCUGUGGCUGUUAUUGCCGGUGUUAGUGGCCGGGCUGGGACAACCCCAGGACUCGGAGCUGACCUUCCUUCUGCCGGCCGGGAGACAGGAGUGCUUCUAUCAGACGGCGCUGUACAAUGGCAGCAUGGAGGUGGAGUACCAGGUUAUCGGUGGAGCCGGGUUGGAUGUGGACUUCUCGGUCACCACCCCUUCAGGGGUCUUGCUGAUCAAUGAGCAUAGGAGAUCAGACGGGGUCCACACCGUGGAGCCCACAGAAGCCGGAGAUUACAUGAUCUGCUUCGACAACUCCUUCAGCACCAUUUCUGAGAAGCUGGUGUUUUUUGAGAUCAUAUUUGACAGUCAGCAGGGUGACGACGAGCCGGACAGCUGGGCCGAUAUCGUGGAACCUGACGAGCUUCUGGAUAUAAAGAUGGAGGACAUCAAGGAAUCCAUAGAAAGUAUGAGGGCCAGACUGGAGCGCAGCAUGCAGAUGCAGACAGUCCUGCGAGCCUUUGAAGCCAGAGACCGUAACCUACAGGAGAGCAAUAUAGACAGAGUCAACUUCUGGUCCGCUGUCAAUGUCGGAGUGCUGGUGACGGUGGCCUUCCUCCAGGUCUACAUGCUGAAGAGCCUCUUCGCCGACAAGCGCACGACCAGAACGUAGUAGAAGGAGAAUCUGAUGUUUGAAAUCUAUACAGUCUUCCACCAGAACCAAGGAUGUUGAAUCGGCACAUUCAGCCUGCUAUGGUUGUCACUUAAAGAAAUCUCUGUUCAGACUUCAAUAACUCAAAGCACAAAGGUGUGACAGCGUGCAGGGAACUGUACCCUUGUAGGCUCAUGUACCCGAACUGUCAUCUCUACAAGAUCCUUUAGUAAGAUUAGCCACCUCUUGAUACAAAGAAAGCAGGAAAAUAUGGACUGGCCCCCAGUUUAUGCAAUUUGGUGCUUCUAGAAAAAAUAAGGGGUAUCGUGCUUCCUUUGUGUGUGAAAUGAGAGCUUCCUAAAACAACCAGUCAGCUGCCCUCUUUCAGUUUCUAACCCGCAGGGACAGUCUGAAAGGGAAUAACUUACAGGCUGAUGUGGGUCACCCCAACCAGUCGUCAUUUAGACAUUUUUGUACAUGAAGCAUAGAACCUGAUCAAAGGUGUUCAACUCUGUGGCACCCCCAUUCAUAGGACAAGCAGCUAUGAGCCAAGAUAAGCAUUCAAACCACUUUCAGAAAGGUGAUAAUUCGUCUUGCGUCGUCAUAACUAAAAAUAUGGUGUUUAACCCCUAAAAGGCCUAAAGGUUAGUUAAAACCCCCCCCCAACAUAUUUUAUAUAUAAUAUAAAAAGCAGAGACCCUGGAGAAUAAAAUAAUGGUAGUUCCAUGUCGCACAAUAUUUUGUGCAAUAGUUUAUCAAGCACAAAAUUUCAUUAAAAAGUCCACUGAAGUUAAUUUUAGAGCAUGCAAAGGCAAUCCGUUACCCAUUUAUAUUUUACCAAAAAGAAAUGGGUAACAAACGUAUUGCGCUUAAAGCGGUUCUCCACCCUAAAGUGAAGUCCCGCUGAUCGGAACCCUCCCCCCUCCGGUGUCACAUUUGACACC